UCUCUCAAACUCCAUGUUUUCGGGGACUAUUCCCCCACAUAUCUCUUUAUUGAUCAAUUUGGUUUCACUUGAUCUCUCUAACAACUACAUAUUUUUAAAAGAGCAAUUGGACAUGGAGAACGUUAUUAAAAAUAUGAAAAGUUUAAGAGAGCUUAAGUUAGAUUGGGUCAACUUUGAUUCAUCAGUACCUGGAUCCCUUUUAAAUCUAUCUUCGUUGGUAUCUCUAUCUCUUAGUGGAUGUAGUCUAGUUGGUAAAUUUCCAGAUGAUAUCUUUCACUUGCCCAAUAUACAAGCCAUUGAUGUGUCAUACAAUUAUGAUCUCACUGUUUUUCUACCACACUUUCGGUCUCCUAGUUCUCUGAGGCUAUUGGAUAUUGCCUUCACAAAAUUUUCAGGAGAAGUACCUGGUUCCAUUGCCUACCUCAAGUCCUUGAAUGUUUUGAUUCUUCAGGGAUGUGCUUUUUCAGGGAAAUUACCUGACACAAUGGGACAACUCAAGUCCUUAAAUGUUUUAGACCUCAAUUCUUGUUCUCUAUCUGGAGCUGUUCCUUCAUGGGUAGGGAACCUUUCCCAACUCACACAUCUUGACAUAGCAAACAAUAACUUUAAUGGUCAUCUUCCAGUUGUAUUGAGGAACCUUUCUAAACUCACAUAUCUUGAUCUCUCAAAUAACAAAUUCAUUGGUCGGCUUCCAUUUUCGUUUGGCAAGGACCUUGCCAAGCUCACUUUUCUUCGGCUUGGUUUCAAUCUUUUUCAUGGUCCCAUUCCAUCUUCAGUUGGGAACCUUAGUCAACUACUUUAUUUGGACCUUUCUAAUAACCGAUUUGAUGGAAAGUUUCCAAUAUUAGUAGCAAACCUAUCCCAACUUCAUUCUUUGGAUUUAUCAGGUAAUCAGUUUUCUGGUCCAACUCCAACUCAAAUUUUUGAAAAUUUCAAUUCCAUUAUCAAACUAGACCUGUCUAACAAUAUGUUCAGUGGAGUCAUUCCUAUGACCAUGUUCACAAUGCCUUCUUUAGUUCACCUGAUCCUAAAUGACAAUCAGUUUAUAAGCCCUCUCAACAUAAAAAAUGUUUCUUCAUCUCGACUGGAAUAUUUGUCUUUAAAGGGGAACAAAUUAAAUGGACAAAUUCCAAGUUCUAUAUCCAAAUUGGCAAACCUGAAAGUUCUUCUUCUAGGGUCGAAUAAUUUAACUGGAAACUGUGAUUUUGACAUCUUUUCCAAGUUAAGUGUUCUCGACCUGUUCAAUAACAACUUGAAUGGAACACUUCCUCAAUGUUUUGGUAAUCCGCUCUCACAAUUAGAAAUACAACAUAACAAUUUUAGUGGAAGCAUACCUCAAAUUUGUACGGAUCAAUGCAACUUGAAGGUGUUCAACAUUGGUUCAAACCAGUUGCAAGGGAAAUUUCCGCAAUCAUUGACCAAAUGUAAAGAUUUAAGAAUUCUAGAUCUUGGAGAUAAUCAAAUAGUUGACACAUUUCCUUUUCCAUUACAAGCUUUGCCAAGGUUGGCAGUUCUUAUCUUGAGAUCAAAUAAAUUCUACGGAUCAAUAUGGAAUCCUAGUAUAUUUUGGGGUUUUGUAGACUUGCGUGUUUUUGACAUUUCCUCUAAUAAUUUCAGUGGAAAGAUACCAUCAGAAUAUUUCAGGAAUUGGAGUAAUGUGAACGAGGAACCUGUUCGAGACUUGCAUUACCGGGAUGCAAAGGAUGGUUAUUAUCAAUACUUACCGAGUGACUACAUAGAUAUGACUCAAGAUAAAGUCCUAUCCAUCUUGAAGAGCAUUGAUCUCUCAGACAAUCAUUUUCAGGGAGAAAUUCCAGAUAGUAUAGCCGAAAUUCCAUCUCUAGUUCUCCUCAACUUGUCAAACAAUUGUUUUACUAGAAGCAUCCCUGUAUCUCUUGGGUGUUUGAAAGAGCUUGAAGCAAUAGAUUUCUCUAGAAACAAUCUGUCUGGUGAAAUCCCAGAACAAUUGGCAAAUCUCACAUUUCUUUCAUUUCUAGACCUCUCCCAUAACCAACUUACAGGCCAAAUACCUCAAGGUAAACUGUUCAGUACUUUCUCAAAUUCAUCUUAUGAGGGGAACUUAGGAUUAUGUGGCCUUCCACUGUCGAAAAAAUGCGAGGAGGUUGAAAAGCCAUCUUUUGACUAUAGCGAUGUUACAGAAUAUGGAGACUGGAGGUCAAUAUUGAUGGGAUGCGGAUUUGGAUUUGUAGUCGGACUCAUCACCGGACACAUCAUUAUUUCAAUAAGGCUCCAAGGCUUUGCAGAAGCUUUGGCUAUUCACAUCAUCGGCAGCUUAUUUAUGAAGAAUGAAUGUGGUCAAACUACUUGUAUAGCAGGGUCAUGUUCAACUUCAAGUGAAGGCGAGCCCACCGGGGAAGCAAUUUUCAUCCGUUUCCCAAUGUAAAGCUUUCUAACACCCUGCUCCAAAACAUAAAAGAAAAUCUCUUCUAAUUUUUUGUGAUGAAUCUUUAAUUUCAUUAGUUGUUAAAGAAAUUCAAGAUUCAUGAGAGUUCAACUUAGCGGUCCUUCUGUAUAUAUAGUAUAUUAGUAAAGAUUAAUGAGAAGAGAGGGCACGUUUGAAAUUAAAUUAACGUGCCCAGGAAUUUUAAUUCUUUACAUCUUGAUGGUUUCGUCCAAAACAAAAUCAGUCAAGAAUGCUAAUUCACUUGAGUGCUGUGAACAAGUAUUUUCUACUUUUAUUCAGCCAA